GCCAGGCCGGGGCGGGGCGCGGGCCAGGGGCGGGGGCAUCAGGGGCGAUCGGCGGGCACCUCGUAGCUCAGGCCCCGCCAGGGCUUCAAAUGCCAGCUUGGGGCGCCCGUUGCCCCGAACCUCGAGCCUCGUGGCGGGCGCGAUGGGACCGCCGGUUUGGACCGCGGGCCUCUUCCCGCUGCUCCUGGCGUGCCUCGCGCAGGCCACCCCGCAGUCGACCCCGCAGUCCAAGGUGGACUGCUACAAGGAGGUGACAGGCACCAUCUAUGAGUAUGGGGCGUUGACCAUCAACAGUGAGGAGUAUAUUCAGUUCAAGCAGUUCGCGGGCAAGCAUGUCCUCUUCUUCAAUGUGGCCACCUACUGAGGCUUGACGGCUCAGUACCCAGAACUGAAUGCACUACAAGAGGAGCUGAAGCCUAUGGGCGUCGUCUUGCUGGGCUUCCCCUGUAACCAAUUUGGAAAACAGGAACCGGGAAAGAACUCAGAGAUUCUUUCUGGGAUCAAGUAUGUACGUCCAGGUGGUGGAUUUGUCCCCAACUUUCAACUCUUUGAGAAAGGAGAUGUGAAUGGAGAAAAAGAACAGAAGAUCUUUACUUUCCUGAAGAACUCCUGCCCCCCAACUUCUGAUUAUUUGGGCGCACCAGACAGCCUCUUCUGGACGCCCAUGAAGAUUCAUGACAUUCGCUGGAACUUUGAGAAGUUCCUGGUAGGGCCCGAUGGGGUGCCAGUCAUGCGCUGGCACCAUAAGAUUCCGGUCAGCACUGUAAGGGCUGAUAUCCUGGAGUACCUGAAAGGCUUUAACUGACCAUCCAGACCUGGCCCAAGCAACUGCCCCCACCUCACACCUCAAGUUAGCAGAAAAUCACCUUUGCUCCUCCUGCCUUCUCACCAGCCCCCUUUAGAGCAAACAUCUCAACCUAUUCAAUGAUGCAAAAGAAUGUGUUUAAAGAUGAAACCCAAAAACCUGCUUUCCCCAAAUCUCUGGGCCUCAAAUAUUAACCUUUUUUUUGCCCUUUGAUAUCCACUCUAUGGGGAAAUUAUGUUUCAUGGAAGAUAUUCACACUACCCCCACGUACCUAAGAAAGGCAGCAUCCACUCCAUCAAAAUCCAUGCAGAAGGGUUCCUGAAAACAGAAUUGGCAACAAGACACUCCAGAUCCCUUGAACAGACUUCAAGUAGUAGGUUCCUGCUUUUCUGGGGUCAACCUUGCCCAUUCCAGGAUAGAACCAUGCUGUGAUUCUUCCACGAUCCCUAAGAUUGAGCAAGAGCACAAGGCUCAUCACUUCCCAGGGAAGAAGGGAUGUCUCCAUGAUGGAGGGUCCCCAAACCCUUCUGGGUUGGACCCUUCCAGAGCCUUCCUGGCUGUCUGUCCCUUAGUGCAUUCAGGUCAUGGCACCCAGGCAGGGAUGUCCCCUCAUUCCCAGUGAUGGGUUUUUGCCUCACCCCAAGUAUCCCAAACUCUAAAGUCAUUCUGAUCACUGUCGAUUAAAACUCGCU